UACAUCCCACACAACGUAUUGCGUUCAACUUGCCCGUUCCAGCUUGUCAAAAAGGCUGCGGCCCGAUCGUACCAAUUAAAUCGGGGAAUAAGAAAAUAAGAAAACAAAACCUGUAUACCGUCCCCUAGUGACGUUUCGAUCGUACGCUGUACCAUAAAAAUAACAUUCCAUUGGCCCGUGGGAAUCACAGUCGAUUAAUCUUCGGGCGAACAACAUUAUUACGAUCGAUUUGGGGACGAAAUAAGGGCUUGGCAAAGGAUGAUCCACGAUCCGGAAUAGCCCUCUUCAUUCAGACGUGUCGCACAGGUGUAUCGCUGGUUGGUGGGCGCAGAGGUUUUCCGAAAGUGCAAAGCGACCUAGCUCGCUCCCAUAAUGGCAUUCCUCUGCCCCGUACGCAUACGUCGUGGGAAAAAGAAGAAACCGAUCGGAAGCGAUAUCGAUAAGGAUCUGUCGAGCAGCCUCGGAUUGAACCAUGGCAUGGGCCGCAUUACCGGAUCGGCCAGCAUCGAAACGCUCGUGCGGGUCGGCAUAGAGAAGGAGCACGGUCUUAGCCCGGACAGUAAGAUGGUGGUGUUGCACGAUUUUACUCCCUGCGUGGACGACGAGCUGGAGGUGAAACGGGGCCAAAUAGUGAACAUACUGUACCGUGAGAAUGAUUGGGUGUACGUGAUCGGGCAGGACACCCGGCAGGAAGGUUUCAUACCGCACUCGUACUGUGCACCGUUCAACACACAGCUGGCCGAUCUUGCCAUCAAGAAGAAGCUGCCCCGCGAUGUCGCCACCAUGGGUGCACCGGGCAGUGGCGGUGGUGGUGGUGGUGGCGGCGGACCAGGAGUAGGACCCGGAGGUGCGACAGGUGUUGUUGGGCUGGUGGUGGGUGGAGGAGGGCUAGGGAAUGGCGUUGGACUAACGGCGGCUGAUUUAACCGAUGGCAUGCCCGAUAUCGGUAUGGACGUGCUGGAUGACAGUACCGGACCGGGGUUGCUUACGAACGCGCUGAAACACUCGCAGGCGAGUCUCAGCUCGGAGCCCGACUUCUUGCCAUUUGCGAAGGAUCCGAGCGGUCGGUACAUCGUGCUGUACACGUUUAUUGCGCGCGACGAGAACGAUGUGUCGGUCGAGCGGGGCGAAUUCGUGACCGUGCUGAACCGGGAAGAUCCGGAAUGGUUCUGGAUUGUGCGGAGUGACGGACAGGAGGGUUUCAUUCCGUCCGGGUUCGUGUACCCGGCGGAGAAUAUACUGCAGGGCCAUGCAGGGAAGCAGCAGCAGCAGCAACAGGGCGGUGUAAAUAGUAUGGGAUCGAUCGGCAACGAUAUGAACAAUCUGCAGGCGAUGAAUGGUGGUGGCAUGUCCGUUGGUGGACAGCAUCAGCAGCAGCAGCAGCAACAGCAGGCACAGCAUCAACAGCAGUCGCAGCAGCAGCAGCAGCACCAGCAACAACCCGGCAUUGGAUCGGAUGAUCUACGGUACCAUGGCACCGAGUUGGUCAUGCUGUACGAUUAUAAGGCACAAGCACCGGACGAUUUAAGUGUGCGGAGAGGCGACUGGAUCUAUGCGGACCUCAACAACCAAACCGUCGACGGAUGGCUGUGGGCGUACGCACCGAAAACCCGCAAAUAUGGUUUCAUUCCCAAAGCAUACGCCCGUCCGCCUGCCAUGACGAGUCUGUAGGAGUCUGUGCCUAUCGUCCCGCUUUUCAUCCUCCUAUUAUAUUGAAUAGCUUUUAAAUUAUUGACGUAAACCAGCAGCAGCAGCGUUAGGGUGUGUAAGAUUAGCCUUCUGUUUGAAGCGCCAGCCGUUUUCUUCCGUGUGGAUAAGGAAUAGCAAGCCACUGUUGCUACUAUCCACUAGAGUAGGUAAAGUUAUUUUUAAGUUCCCCUUUUAUCGUCCAAUAUCGCUCUGAAGCCAGACGCAUUUGCUUAAAUCCCCUUAAGCGAUGCCCCAUAUAUUGUAAACCUCUUUUAAUAUGUGGACAUUUGUGUGCUUUUUUGUGAGUAUUUUUUAUACCUUGCGCACGCGCUCUCUAGCUCAAGUCUAUUAACUUUAUUAAUGUAUUUUUUUAUACAAUAAAAUGAACGGAAAAGAACUGGGGAUACCAUUCCCGCUCUUCACUCAA